AUGGUUCUGUCCGGAUCUGAAACAGACUUUAUCGCAAACGUGGUUGAUGCAAUUGAUUGUAAACUAGAUAUGAAACUAGUAAGUACUCCAGCUCAUCUAAUUGGAAUGGACACUCGAGCUAUAGGUAUCGAUUCCUGGUUGAAAAAUGAGCAAUUUGGUCCUAAUGUUUUAGCAAUUUGUGGCAUGGGAGGCAUUGGCAAAAUGACACUGGCCCAAUUCAUUUAUAACUCAAACAAGCAAGAUUUUGAAAGCAGCAGUUACCUUGAAGAGAUUGGAAAGCACUCCAAACAGCCUUACGGUUUGCUUGGGCUACAAAAACAACUUCUCACAGACAUUUUAGGCGGAAGGAAUGCCAGGAUAUCUAGUGUUUCAGAGGGUACAAGGAAGGUCGAGGAAGCCUUACAAGUGAUCUUGACUGUAAAAUCCAAGGUAUACUACAAAAGUGUUGAAUGUGAAGCCACAGCUGGUCAAAAGGCAGAAAAACCAGGAGCCAUGUUUUGA